UUAUUUGUUUAAUUAUUUUAACCUUUAUUUUAUCAGGGAGUCAUACUGAGACCAAGGCUUCUUUUAGUCUCCUUUUAUAGCCUAUGAUUAUGUGCAGAAGCGGUCAGCAGGUAGCCUAUGCGGUAUGGAUGAAGAUGGAGCGUGCACACUACAGUUCCCGACAUCCCAUCUCGGCUCUCGCUUUUCUCCUCUCAUGUUUACGGCAUGAGGCGCUUCUGCAGUGAGCCACUGGAUAUUGUUGUGCUUUAAGGUGUCCCCUCUCUCCUCGCUUCCCUUCCUCUUUCCUCUCCUCCCUCUCCGCUCUGUGUUCCAUAGAGACUCAGCCCGCUCAGAUGCACUCGGCGUUCUAGCAGUAGCAGUAGCAGUAGCGGGAGCGUCUCAAUGCAGGGUCAGCAAGAGCAUCCGGAUGGCCACCAGCGCAAGAGACUGCGCUAAGCAGACGACCAGCGCGCUCUUUCAUCCGUGCUUCUCAACCCCGAACCUCUAGCGAAGAGAGAGGUGCCCAAAUCCGUUUUAGGAUUAUCGUUUUCUUUUUGUUCUUUGUCCCUCUUUCUGUCUAUUCGAUUAGGAAGAAUUGAUGACGAUGUAUCGGCGAUGGUGGAUUUCCCUUUUGUGCGUCUAUGGACUGAUGUGCAUCGUUCAUUCCAGCAAUCAUAUGCCUCGAAAUGGAGACGCCUUGUCGCAGGCGAAGGCUGUUCGUGAUGCGAGCAGGUUCGUCGGGAAGGAGGACACGGUCCCUCUCCGUCUGCUCUACAGCAUGCACAACCACAGCCAAAUCACGCACGAUGUCAUCAGCACCAGGACUAGAGCCAGCUCCAGCCCCACACAGGGGAACCACGUGGCCCAAGCCAGCUUCCAGGUGGACGCGUUUGGUGAGAAGUUCAUCUUGGAUGUUGAACUGAACCAUGAUCUUCUGUCUUCAAAGUACGUGGAGAGGCAUAUUUCAGAAAAUGGGAAGGCUGUCAUCUUCAAAGGAGGAGAACAUUGUUAUUACCAGGGGAGAGUGCAGGACAUCCCUGAAUCCUUUGUGGCCCUCUCCACCUGCCACGGCCUGCAUGGGAUGUUCUUUGAUGGGAAUCACACCUAUAUGAUCGAGCCUGGAGGAAAGGACGGCGUCAGCGGUGACGUCCAGAUCCACAUGAUCUAUAAAUCAGCAGGACAGGGGGCAGCAGCUUACUACCUUCCAAAUGUUGACCUCCCAGAGCCUCCUUUCCUCAGCCCUCCAUUUCCUGGGUCAAAGGUCGUCCACAGGAGGAAGAAGAGACAGGCCCCGCGGGUUGGAGGCAGUGUGGACGAGGAGACCAAGUACAUUGAGCUGAUGGUGAUCAACGACCAUCUGAUGUAUAAAAAGCAUCGUCUCUCUGUUGGUCAGACAAAUAACUACGCUAAGUCUGUGGUCAAUAUGGCUGAUAUGAUCUUCAAGGAGCAGCUCAACACCCGCAUCGUGCUGGUUGCCAUGGAGACGUGGGCGGCCGACAACCGGUUCAACAUCGACGAUGACCCCAUGGUGACCUUGAGGGAGUUCAUGAAGUACAGACGAGACUUCAUCAAAGAGAAGUGUGACUCCGUGCAUCUUUUCUCAGGGAACCGGUUCCAUAGCAGCUGGGGAGGAGCUUCCUAUAUGGGAGGAGUCUGCUCUCUAACUAAAGGAGGUGGAGUCAAUGAGUAUGGGAAGACAGAUGAGAUGGCUAUAACCCUGGCCCAGUCUCUGGGACAAAACAUCGGCAUCUUCUCUGACAAGAAGAGGAUCCUCAACGGCGAGUGCAAGUGUGACGACCGUUGGUCUGGCUGCAUCAUGGACGAUGUUGGCUUCUACCUGCCCAAGAGGUUCUCCAACUGCAACGUGGAGGAGUACCACAACUUCCUCAACAGUGGGGGGGGAGCCUGUCUCUUCAACAAACCCCUCAAGCUGUUGGACCCUCCAGAGUGUGGGAAUGGUUUGGUGGAGCCAGGGGAGGAGUGUGACUGUGGCAGCCCAGCGGAGUGCGAGAGGGAGGGAGAGAAGUGCUGUCAGAAGUGUACACUCACACAAGGCUCAAAGUGUAGCGACGGACUCUGCUGUAACAACUGUCAGAUGGAGUUUAUGGGCGUGGUGUGUAGGGAGGCUGUGAAUGACUGUGAUAUUCCAGAGAACUGCACCGGUAACUCCAGCCAGUGUCCCCCGAACGUACACAAGAUGGACGGCUACUCAUGUGAAAAGGAUCAGGGUCGUUGCUUCAACGGGAGGUGCAAGACCAAAGACAGACAGUGCAAGUACCUGUGGGGAGAGAAGGCGACCGCUGCUGAGAAGUUCUGUUAUGAGAAGCUGAACAUCGAGGGGACAGAGAAGGGGAACUGUGGGAAGGACAAAGAAACAUGGGUCCAAUGCAACAAGCAAGACGUGCAUUGUGGGUACCUGCUGUGUUCCAACAUAUCGCCGGCCCCCCGACUAGGAGAGUUGCAGGGGGGACUGACAUCCUUCUCUGUCGCACAGCACAGCGCCUCGCUGGACUGCAGUGGGGGUCAUGUGAUGAUAGACGGGGACAGUGACCUGGGCUAUGUGGAGGAUGGGACGGCCUGUGGGACAGAGAGGGUCUGCUUCAACCACAAGUGUCUGCCCCUUCAGGAGUUCAACUUCAGCACCUGCCCUGGGACCACCGAGAAGACCAUCUGUUCUGGACACGGGAUUUGCAGUAACGAGCUGAAGUGUGUGUGUCACUUGGGUUGGGCUGGAGACGAUUGUAACUCCACGUCUUCUCUCAGCUACCUGGUGGUUGGACCGACUGCCUCUGCAUCAGGUAUCACCAGUACUAACAUCAUCAUCGGGGCCAUCGCUGGCUCCAUCCUAUUCCUGGCUCUCAUCCUGGCCGUCACCGCCUGGGGAUACAAGAGCUACAGACAGCGGUGCUACGUUGAGUCAGAGGUUCACAGAAGAUUCUGCCGGCAAAUGCCUCCGGGUGACUAUGUGAAGAAGCCUGGGGAUGCAGACUCGUUCUACAGUGACCUGGCCCCUGGGGUCAGCACCAACUCAGGCUGUAGCUCCAAGAAGAGGUCUGGCUGUCUGUCUAACCUGCAGAUAUACACGCUCUCUUUCACCCCCUCCAUCGCCUCCAUCUCACAAAACAUCUCUCUUUUCGCAUUCAGGUCUAAUGGUCUGUCCCACUCAUGGAGCGAGCGAAUCCCUGACGCCAAACACAUCUCUGACAUUUGUGAGAACGGACGACCCAGGAGCAACUCAUGGCAAGGAAAUCUGAGUGGAAAUCGCAAGAAGUCGAAAGGGAAGAAGUUCCGUCCUCGUUCCAACUCUACAGAGACCCUGUCCCCGGCGAAGUCGCCCACCUCCUCCACGGGAUCCAUUGCGUCCAGCCGGAGGUACCCUUACCCCAUGCCCCCCCUCCCCGAUGACCAGAGGAAGGCCAACAGGCAGAGUGCCAGGCUGUGGGAGACUUCAAUAUAACACUCCUGUUAUCUACUCAGCAAAACUACUUAAGAACUACAUUUUCGUCCACUUUUCUACAAAUGAAAAAAAAACAAGGCAAAAACAAAAUUGAAACAAAAUGACAAAAAAAGCACCUUGUAUGAAGAGAAGAGGAGGAAGAUGAAGAGGAGGAGUGUAUGCGAGGUCCUCCAGACCUGACCUGCUCAGUAGGGGACGCUACAGGGGCCAGCUGUCAUUCCUACACUGACAAGCGUAGACAGAACGAGGCAAGACGAGAUUUCUCUUUCAGAUCAGCUGGAGAUCCAUCAGAGAUCAGCUCAUUACUCGUUGGUGGGGAAAAAGCAAAACUGUUGUCAUGGUAAUGGUGCAGACAGAGAGGAGAGGCCUCGUUGGGGAUGUCUCCCCCACUCCCAACACCCCAACAUCCCCCCAGCUCCCACCACACUCUCCUAGCUCCUCCCUCAAACUGUCCCACCUUACCUUACUCACCUCUCCUCUCCAUGUCCCUGAUAACAAUCCUCGCCCCCCCAACCCCCCUCUAGCCCUGCCCCCAUGUAAACGCUCUCCUCUGAUUGGUGCUCCUCUUUGUUGAGGGGCGCGGACAGCUAUCAUAUCGCCAGAUUUCUUUACCAUUUUGAAGCACGCUGUUGAAUUACUGUAGAAAACGCCAACACUUUAUGCAUGAGAACCCCCUGUUAAUCAACUCUUCCUAGUGUCAUAAAGAAGAAGAAGUCUGGGACGGACAGCAUGCGGGGGAUGGUGAUGUCAUACGUACUGUAGGCCUUUAAGCUUUCUUUACAUUAUAGGCUUCUUUUAUCUCGAUGAUCAGCGACUCAUUCAGUACUGUACCACACAUUAUACUAGCCAACAGCCCCUGACAUGGACCCUAGACCCUAGACCCUUCACCCUUGAUCCUUGACCCUAGACCCUUGACCCUAGAACCUAGACACUAGACCCUAGGUCCUAGACGCUAGCCCCUAGCCCCUAGCCCCUAGACACUAGCCCCUAGACCCUAGCCACUCCCUGUUCUUUCUUUUUCCCUGUCAGGUUUUCCUGAAGGAUUUGGUUAUUGUCGUAAAUAUGUACAGCUUAAAGACAGAGUAAUGUGUGUUUUUCUUUUUUACUGACUGAGAGGUGAAAGAUUAAGGGAUACUCCCUCUCUCCUCCUCCUGCCGUGGUUUGUGUUAUAGACAGACGUGGUCUCUGUAGGUCUUUGUAGAGACCCCGCACUCGUUUUUUUCUGUCUGUUUCUCUCUUUUCAUUUCUCGCUGAACUCUCUCUCUUCUCUCCCAUGUGGCUGUGUGAACACACCAGCUUUCUUUUUCUUCCACAGCAGAAUGUACAAACAGUGUUCUAUCUUUCCGCUCUGUGUCAAUGUCAUCCCUUUCUCUGAGUAAUGCACACUCAGUCACAGCCCAUCAUAUUUAAGACAGUAAACUUAAGAAUGUCAUUGAUUUAUAACAUUAGCUGAGAAUUUGAUCAGUUUGGAUAUUGAUAAUGAUGAAUAUGAUUUGAAGUAAGAUAGUCCCAUGAGCCCUUCCUUGCUAAAGAGGGGAGAGAACAAGUGUUUUUGUGUAGUUUUAGAUGUGAUAUACAUGACUUUUCAAAGUGUUCAUUUGGUCAUGGUGGUUUAGAGAAGUUGGAGAAAUGUCCUGUGACCUUAAGCAGUGCAUUCUCAUUCCUAGCUAUGGUCUGUGUGUACAGCAGGGGCGGACUGGCCAUCUGGCAUUUCAGACAAAUGCCAGAUGAGCUGGUCCAUUUUUAGCAUAGUGGGCCUGUCUUACUUUGAUUUUUUUGGACAAAAUGAUCAUUAUCUGGCCAAUAAUGGGGUCCUCAAUUAAUAAAAUGGGCCGUGUGGGGGCCUCGAGGAAAGAAAUGGGCCAGUGUGUUUAAAAUGCUAGGGCCGAUUUCUGGUCCCAGUCCGCUCCGGUGUACAGUAUGAGACCAGACAUAACAAAUAGAUACAACUGGAACCGACAACGCCACUGAGAUCCAAUUGGAUGAUGGUUUGUGUCAGACGAACUUGAGAAACUGGGAAUUGUUGGAUAAAAUGAUUCAAAUGUGCAUUUUUACUUUUGUUUUGUUUUCUACUGCAAGUUUGCCCUGCUGUCUGUUAAUGAUGACACGUCCUGUACAGUGCUUGCUGUUUGAGAUUUAUAAGACCAACAGAAUGACAGUGGAUCUACUAGCUAGCACACUAUCGCUGUUCUCUAGUAAUCUGUCUGUGAAGCUGUAAUACGAAAUAAGCAUGUCAUUGAAAUACUUUUUCCUUGAUUGCCAAUUGCUGUUAUCUUCUUGGAUUUUCAUACCACAAACCCCAUUCCAGUAGUGAACAGGUUUUCAACAUAAUCAACCAGGUCUCAAACAUUUUUAUGAAUGUCCCGAGGAAUCUAGUGGUUUAAAUGUGGCUUAAGAUUCAGGUUCAGGUUCUUACCUACUCAGAGUAGGAUAAAGUGUCCCAAGUCACUGAUCCAAGGUCAGUUUUGUAUCUUACCCCCCUGAUGGUAAAUGUCGUGAAUCGGGGAGUGGUAAGCUGAUCUUAGAUCUGUGACUAAAGGGAAACUUCUCUGUACAGAAUUCACAACCCCCAUCCUGUAGUUACUGUACUGUCCAUAUCAGUUAGGUCUGAUGUAUGUUGUUAACUGCGUAUGCGUAAGUUUAAAAUGUGGGCACUGUUCGUUUUGAUUUUCUACUGUAUGCACUAUGACUGUAUAGAUAUUAAGAUCACCACAAUAUCACAUUAAUAUUGCUACUGUAUGACAAGUAUCAAGUCUUUUUUUUAACUCUUAAGUACCUUUAUAAUAUUCACUAUUUCUCAGUGUUGUGUACAGCCAUUAUUCAGACAGACCAACUGCGUUAUUGUUCUUCUGUGCAUUGAUGAGUGGAAUGGAGACAUUAUGUGGUAAUUUUAGUUUUUUAAAGCACACACUCGUCUCAGACCGCUCUGGCAUGUGCAGAUCUGUACAUGUCUUCUAUGGUAUGAGGAUUGGACGCAGCUAUGGCAACAUGAGGUGCAUUAUGCUAUAGAGAUCUGUGCAGGUGAGCUCAUGUUUGCCAGAGCUCUCAUCCUCACUCUUGUCUUAUUUAAACUACGAUAUGAUUGGCUGGUGCUUAGUAACUUGAACUUUGACCCAGAGAUUCCCUAGGCCGUGGUAAUAUGAAAAUAAAGGAUCAUACUUCUCAAUCAA